AUGACGACCACCACGACUGUCACAAUAACAGAGUCAACUGGAAAGGCAGCCGAGGCUUCUCCCGAUGCCUCUUCAGAGCCUCGGAAGCGCCGGGCGGAUAGCUUCGACAGCGACAUCGAGAUAGACAUCUUCGACCUCCUCGAGCGGAGUCGACGGUGCACGACUAUCGUACGAAAGACCUUCACCCCUGCCAGCACUUCCAGCACUCCCAGCGCACCCACUGUUGCCGCUACGCAGAAGAAGACUCAACGGCCGCGACAGGCGAGCACAAAGCCCGACGUCAGCAGGCUGAAGAAGCCAAAGGCAAAACGAAAACCGGGCCUCCGGUCACUCCCCCGCGCCGGCGUCGAUGUCUGGGUCGAAAUUCCCCGGCGCAAAUGUCGUCUCGUUCAAUCUGCCGAGAGCGAGAUCAGCCAGUCACUCGACCCCGACUCUGAGCGCCCAGUCUGCUUCAAGAGCGAAGCUAUCUCAGACGACCACGCCGGCUUGCGGGCCGAAAAUGCAUCGUUGCGUCAGCUACUCGACACCCUCAACCCUGAGAUUGCUUCUCUGCGUCUACAACUCAACGCUCUUUACCCCGAGAACGCAUCCCUGCGCGCGCAACUCGACGCACUCCGCCCCGAAAACGCCACUCUCCGCGCACAACUCGAUGCGCUCGAGGCUGAGAAGCGUGUGACCGACGCCUGGGUGGCAUCAGCUGCCUCGCCCCACUCGAGUACUGCCAGCCGAGAGGCGGCGAUCGCAAUCGGCCGGCUGCUAGAGGACAAGCGGGUCCAAGCGCACGCGCUGGUCAGCCUGCGUUCAGAGUUGGAGGCGCUGAAGUCUUCUCGGCCAGAGGUGGAACGCAUCAAUGUUCUUUGGCGAGAAAACAAGACAUUACGCUCAGAGCUGGGGAUGCAGAUGACGCGCACGGCACAGGUGGAAGGGGAGCGGGAGCGGCUCCGGCACGCACUGGCGACCGAGAUUGCUACGACAGCCCGACUGCGGUCCGAGGCCGCUCGGCUCCAGGCAACGGCAAAGGAGAAGGACGCUGAGGUCGAGCGACUGUUUGCCGAGUGCGAAGCGUCGGACCAGAAGCAUGCGCAGCUCUCCGCGCAAGUGGACACGCAGCGCGCCGAAGUGACUAGGCUGGAGGCCUACAUCUCUAAGCUCGAGACGAAUGUCGCACACGCGCUCGGCCAGCUUGCCGAGACUGAGGACGCGCGGCGCUCCGCGCAUGAGGAGAACGUCAAACUUCGUGAGCAACGAGACGCGGUCGUGAACAGGGUGGAGAAUUUUGACGCCGUCCACGCCGCGCAGGCACUGGAGCAAGUCAGACGCGAGUGUGAUGAGAUGAGGUGGGAGAGGGACCUGAUCAAGUCCAAGUUGGAACAAUCGAAGGAGGCGAACGAGAGUCUGCACCGAAGGAUGAAGGAGCUGUCUCAGCGACAAGCACUGGCUGCCGCGCCGCCGCCGCCGCCUCCACCUGCUCAAGUCACACCUCCGGCUCCUCCUUCUUCUUGGCCUUCACGACCUUGGACGCCUCCCCAGUCGACAACGGCGAGCAGCUCACGACCACGCACAGGUGAUGGCCCCGACCCGCGCGACCAAGAACUGAGCGCCCUCCGCCUGACUAUCGCCCGCAUGACACGCGAAGUCUCCAGCGCGAACACGCAACGUCGGUAUGCCGCCGAGCAGCUCGAGCGUGCCGAGCAGAACAGCAAGUCCUUACGUGCCGAGAUUGCGCGCGGGGACAGGGAUCUGGCCAAAGUGCAGCGGGAGAACAUCACGCUUCGCUCCGAACUCGCAAACGCGAACACUGCUAUAGGACUGCAGCGCGCCGAGAUUGCGGGAUUCGGGGCGACACUGAACAAGGCCGUCGACGAAGUCAGCCAGGCGUACGAAGCGAGACGAUACUAUGAGCAUGGUGUACGAUAG